AUGUUGUACGCAACUGAGUCUCCGAAACUAAAAUUCAGAAAGAUGCGCUAUCAGAAAGCUUCAAUGAAACGCCGUGUGACGGUGCAUUUCGGCGAUGUGCGUGUUGUUGUUCCUUGUCAGAAUGAGAACACAACCGUAGCUGAUGUUGCUGAAGCGGCUAUAACCAGAUAUAAGAAGGCAACGGGUAAAAUAGAUUCGGAUGUGAGGAUAAAACGAAUGCAAUGUAUGAGUGAUAAGGGGAUCCUGGAUAUGGAUGAUAAACUUGUAGAUGUUUUCGACGAGAUUAGUGAUCAGAUUCUCGCAAUCUACGACGAACAAUCACCGAACGGUAGCGGUGCCGACGACUGUAACAUCUCUCCAGCUCCGUGUGCUCCAGUGAUUGGUCGAGUACGUGACAGCGUCGUGGAAAUAGUCAACCUGGAAAGUCCACCGAGCAAAGGGUUACGUGUUUCGUCAUCAGUGACGAAUACACGAACCCCAGGAACCACGGCGGCGACGGUGAAUCCAUCGCCUGCUUCGAUCAGAAGCUCCAGCGCCGACGAACCUCAUGAACAACCGGUACGAUCGUCUCUACGUUCCGAGACGUCAACACCGACAAAACAUCGUGUUACGCUCAGUCCUGAUGUGCAGAAAAAAUUGGUUUCCGAUGAGAAGGAAGCACGAUCAGCUGAUGCACGAUUGACACGUACCUCAGCGAGAAAAUCACGUCUAACUGAUAGCUUUUUCGAUGCGAAGGAACGAUUAGAGGAUGCUCGUGAAGCAACAGGAUCCCGUUCGGCACCGAUCACAGUUCGAUCGAAUCAAUCACGAGCUUUCAUAAGACCGGCUCUUGAUCCCGAGAACACUGUGAUCACUUUUCCGGAUGAUGAUUUAACGCCUAUGGGAAUUGAAGUAACGGGUGUGCAAGAUGAUCCAUCUUCAACAAAUGGACGUCUAUCCGCUGUACAGAUAUUACGUAUUGAACCGGAUGGUAGAGUAGGCAUGGACGGUCGCCUCAGAGUUGGCGACAAUAUCGUUGAAAUUGACUCGAGACCUAUUUAUCAGAUGUCAAUACUACGCGCUAGAGCAUAUCUCAGCGAGCUACAAUCUCGCGCUCAACCAUCGCUUACCGUAGCUCGACCGAUUUCAUCGUUCACGGAUCCGGUAGAUCCGCUUCUGAGAAAUCAACCAACCACGUCAUCGCUACCAAAUCGACCAAUUUUGUCUGCGUUGCAGCAGGCAAACACACAACACAUUGGUCAUACAAAGACCGUUGAGCUUAAGAAGACACCGGCCGGCUUUGGUUUUACCGUAACCGGUAGGGAGACGGCGAAAGGUGAACGACUUUUCUACAUUGGAACAGUGAAACCAAACGGAGUUGCUCUGGGACAUUUGAGAGCAGGAGAUCGUCUACUUAAGGUGAACGGCGAACCAACGGCAGAACUAACACAAGCAGAAGUUGUGGAUCGCCUAAAAAAAGCGGCCGUAGGGGAAAGAGUGACGUUUUUGGUAUCCAGAGUUGUGCAACCUGAAGACGAAGAAGAAGAGGAGAAAAAUAGUAACUCAAGUGAACGAGAGAACCGUCCUCCGACCCCAGUUACGGCUAACAUAACGAAAAAGGAAGGCGCUGAAGAGCCCAAGGUAACACCCUCACCACCCAUCUCAGCUCCCACUCAAUUAGGCUCCGAAACAGAAGAGCUGGAACUUGUCAUUCCACUGAAUGACACAGGAAGUGCCGGCUUAGGAGUAAGCUUAAAAGCACGGGUUACAGUACGAACGAAUGGAACAAGGCAGGAUUGUGGGAUAUUCAUCAAAAACGUUUUACACGGUGGAGCCGCCCAUAAAGACGGCCGACUUCGAGUGAAUGAUCGUAUCGUGGGUAUCGAAGAACUAAGACUUGACGGAGAAACGAAUGCAACUGCUAGUGAGGCAGUUUCACGUCGUUUAAAAGCGAUUGGUCCCACCGCUAAACAUGUACGAUUAUUUAUUCAACGUGCGAAAGCAUAUGGCGGCCCGGGUAUAAUUUCGCGACCUCAAGAGGUGUCACGAGUUUCCGUUGACGAAGAAGGAUCGUCGAGAAUUUCUGUGAUAGCAGCGGAAUCUACUACAUCAUCUGAGGAGAAACCAUCGCCGGCGGAAUGUCUGGAUUCAGAUUAUGGGAGAAUGGACGAAUCUGAGCUGGCGAACGUCUCGGAUCCAUUCAGCCGAGAGGCUCCAUCUCGCAAAAGUAUGAGUGAAAAGCGUGGUAUGGGAGCAUCUAACGAUCCGCACCAUAUUAAGCUUUUCCAGGAUAUCAAACAUCAGAGACAAACGAGUGCUCCUCUUUCUGCAAUGACCACCUCGCUUUCUUUCCACGGACAAAGUACUGCUAGAUCGACUUCACAACGAGCAGCAGCACGAGCACGAAGUCAAUCCGUUCAUCCUCGUGCACCGGCGCCGCCAAAAAUUUUGAAGAUGUCACCGGCGCCAACCCCACUAGCGCCACCACAACAACACAAUAGCGCUCCUGCUGUAUCAGAAAAGCGACGUUCACAAAGUGUUGAAAGUAUUACUCAAACUAGCCGAACUACACCUAAAAGCAAACAUGUUGCUAUGCCAUACCGUGGUGCACUUACCAGCGAUAGUUUCCGACAAGCAACUGAUUUCUACUCCGAGAGUGUUUAUGGUCAAGUUACUUCUAUGCCAUCACAUCCUCAUCAAUAUGCAGCCGAACCACCAGUUCUGGUAAAACAGCGCUCAACCAGUCGUGAUAAAGACAAACAACGAAGGAAAAGCUUGGGAGGUUUGAAUGUAAUGAAAUCUUUCCUUGGAUUUGGUAGUGGAAAGAGUAGAGAAGAAUCACCAUCGCAAAAAACUGACGCGAAAGCGGAAGAAGCUCAGAGGUUACGUGAAGAAGAGGAGAGGAGACGAAUCCGUGAACAUUACGAACGCCUUCGAGAAAAAGAAGCGGAAGCGAAUCGCCAAUCGUAUCCGCUCACUCCCGGAGCGGUUCGUCGUGAAGCGCAUCGUCUCUAUACUCCACCAAAUUACAAUUAUCCUCCUCAGUUCACAACAACACCAUCACCCUCUACCGAUCCACCUCUGAUCGUUGCGAAUUCUCGAUUCUAUUUUAGCCUCAGGGCUAGACCGGAAUGUCGACCAGCGUACCGGAAUACGAAUCGUACGACCUCAUCGACCGAUACCACAUGCACUGUUAUCCAGCCCCAGAGUCGCCCAACGUUACAACGAAUGGUACAGUCGGAGGAGUCACCACGGCCACCUACCAUCAUCGAGUCACCUACGGAGGUCAUUCACAACCGAUCCCCUACCACUACGCUAUUCCCAGUUCAAAAUCUUUCCACGGGAAUGCAGCCAGCACCGGAGGAGCGGCGCACUAUCCGCCAUACGGCGACUAUAGCGCCAACUGUCCACCGCAACAUGUACGUGCCGUUCCAAGCGCAGACUACUACCGAAUGUUUAACUCAUGGUUUGCCUACAGCGGAGAAGGAGUCGGUCAGACUCCUGUCAUUAAGGCAAAUUACGCAAGCCCCAUACGUACCGCAGCCGACGCAACAGGACGAACGUCGGCCAACGUCAGCUCCCGCAACCCCCACUACACUAAACCUCGACACGCAUCCGCUGAGUCGCCCCAACUAUACACCCACCGCUACCAAUACUAGGCAAGAGCUUACUUCACAAACAAGACGUGUUUCAUUACGGGCAAGGAAGAAGGCACGUCAUGGAGGAGUUCAUUCUGUAUUAAUUCCCUCACGACAUAGCGUUGUCAUCCCUUCGCCAACCUCGAACGAUAGUUCAUUCAAUGAGAAUUGUUCUAUUAUAAAUUUACCGUCUCCGACGCCGAAUCCAUCAAAAUUACGUCACGCCUCGCAUUGUCCUCAACGACGUUCUUAUUGUGAUCCACAAACGCUACGUACCCAAAGUCAAAUGGUGACCGCUAUCGAUCAACCGUCUGAUCAGCAGAAUGAACUCAAUCAUGUUUUUGAUUAUUGUCGUGUAUGGAACGAUUGGAAUCAACGUACGGGCGGUACGUUACCGUUACGACGUUCACGUUCGAAACCACGGUUACUGCUCGAUAAACAACUUUACACUGGUGUUACUGAUUGCUGA